AUGAAGAUCCUGGAUGAGUCUCAGGGGAGACAAACUGACAGAGGCAGCCACAAACAUGAGAGAGGAAAUCAAUGGGAGACGUUCCAUAAUGUGACGCUGCUCCCUUCUGAUCCAUGGAGACCACACAGACGCUCUCGUCUACUCAUCAAAGGUUGUCUUCUGUGGCUGCGAUGUUGGCUGGAGAGAGUGUGUGGGAUGGAGUGGUAUGGCUAUGCUGCUCUUGGUAUCUUAACUGCCAUUCUCAGCUUUGUUAUGGACAUGAGUGUAUCAAAGCUGCUGGCAGCCCAUCAGUGGCUUUAUACCAAACUGGAUGGCAACAACCUGCUGCAAUUUCUCUGCUGGACUCUUUACCCAGCAUGCUUCUGUGCUUUAUCAUCUUCGCUCUGUCACAACAUCUGCCCCUUCGCUACAGGCUCAGGGAUACCUGAGGUGAGAACCAUGCUGGCCGGCAUUGAAAUGCCAAAUUACUUGUCUCUCACCAACAUGUUCACCAAGUUCCUGGGCCUUAUUUGUACGCUGGCAGCUGGCAGCACGGUCUUCCUGGGCAAAGUGGGUCCAUUUGUGCAUCUUUCCACCAUGAUGGGAGACUAUCUCAGCAACCUCAUCUCUCUUGUACAAGUCACUAAAAAGAAAGCGCAAGGAGACAUGUUGGUGGUAGCCGCCUCCGUCGGCGUCGCCAGCUGCUUCGGUGCACCAGUAAGCGGUGUGCUCUUCAGCUUAGAGGUGAUGUCCUCUCACUUCUCCACCAAGAACUACCUGCCGUCUUUCUUCUCCGUGGUGUGCGGGGCGUUGACCUUUCGCUUGUUCUCCGUGUGGAGUGGAGAUGAAGAGACUCUGCAAGUGUUGUUUAAAACACAUUUCCCUUCUGCUUUACCUUUCUUUCCAAUGGAGAUUCUGAUGUUUGCUCUCUUGGGGCUGCUCUGUGGCGCUGUGAGCUGCUUGUACCUCUUCCUGCAUCGCUGCAUGCUGCAAUUCACCACAACAAAUGUUGGCUUCGUCAAGAUGCUGAAAAGCGAGAAAUGUCUGUACUCUGCUUUGGUGACCUUCUUUUUGGCAUCUCUGACCUAUUCUCACUCUCUGGGUCAAUACAUGGCUUCUAAGCACACCAUGAAGCAGCUGCUCACCUCCUUACUGGACUGCAGACAGUGGACGUUUCAAUCCCACAACGUCUCUGAGCAACUGGAUCCAGAGGCUUUGUCUGUGUGGGGCUCAUCUGUGUGUCCUGUCUACCUGUCUCUGGCUGUCUUUCUGCUCAUGAAGCUGUGGAUGUCAGUGCUAGCCUGCACUCUCCCACUGCCAGCGGGUUACUUCAUGCCAGUUUUUAUCUAUGGGGCAGCCAUUGGCCGUUUGCUUGCAGAGGGAAUGAUUUACAUAUCAUCCACCACAAUGACACCAGGCAAUGAGUGGUCGUCUAUAAAUCCUGGAGGCUACGCACUUGCAGGUGCAGCAGCAUUCUCCGGAGCUGUGACACACACUUUAUCACCAGCUCUCUUGGCUGUCGAAUUGACCGGUCAGUUCAGCCACGUUGUCCCCGCCCUCCUCGCCACUCUCUUAGCCAAUGCCGUCGCUCGCUCUGGGCACCGCCCAUCUUUUUAUGACGCUGUCUCCAUCAGCAAGAGGCUGCCACACCUGCCGUCUCUCAUGCUGGCACACCCCAAGCUUGUCUCCGCACAGGUUGGACACCUCCUGGGUGUGAGGACCGUGCAGCUUCAGAGAGCAGCAAGCCCACAGGAGGUGCAACAUGUCCUGGACAACACCAGCACUGAGACACAAAUCCCGGUGGUGGACUCGCAUGACUCUCCAAUCUUGCUGGGCGUUGUUGUGCGAGCAGAGCUGCUGAUGUUCCUGCGUCACUGCAGAGCUGCUGAGAAUGUGGAUCCACAUUUGGAGGACGUCUGCACUAUUCACUCUGCUUCGGCCCUGUUGUCACCUCACAACACCAUACAAGAGGCAUACAGCAUCCUGAGUCUUUCUGGAGCUCAGACUGUGUUUGUCACCGACAGAGGAAGGCUGCUUGGACUCAUCACAUGGUCAGAGAUGAAGAGAAUAUUAGAAGACGCAGCUAAAGAAACCUAGAACACUCCUCCGGCCCAUAACUCAUCUUUGGAUGGUUGGCCUGGCUCUAAUAAUGUUGUCAGUUGCUUAUUGCCCUCACAUGACAAUAUUUCUUAAUAAUGGUCACUAGCGGCCUUUGACGCACAUUUAUCACAGACUCCUCACUUCUUGCUCUAAUCAGCAGGAUUCACUAACAAAAGACACAUUACAUGUGUGUACAAC